AUGGAUUAUCAAAAUCGAGCUGGUGCAAACAAAGGUAGUGGUGGUGUUGCUGGAGCAUCCGAGACGGCGGUGGAUCGAAGAGAGAGAUUGAGGAAGUUGGCUUUGGAGACUAUAGAUCUAGCGAAAGAUCCAUAUAUCCUCAGAACUCAUCUGGGUACGCUUGAAUGUCGAUUAUGUCUUACACUCCACGUCAACGAAGGUUCCUAUCUCGCCCACACGCAGGGAAAGAAACAUCAGACAAACUUGGCUAGAAGAGCAGCAAAGGAUAACAAAGAUGCUUCUUUGAUGAUUCAGGCUCCUCCAAAUGCUGCUCAGCAAGUCAAGAAAAAGGUUUUCGUCAAGAUUGGACGUCCAGGUUACAAAAUUAUCAAGAUACGUGAACCGGUCAGUCAGAGGAUGGGGUUAUUGUUCAACGUCUCGUUACCUGAGAUCAAAGAAGGUGAAAAGCCAAGAAGGAGAUUUAUGUCCGCAUUUGAGCAGAGAAGGGAAAUACCAAAUAGAGCAUUCCAAUAUUUAGUUCUCGCAGCAGAACCAUAUGAGACUAUAGCAUUUGCGAUCCCCUCGAAAGAAAUGGUAGAUCAAGAGGAAGAUCCGGAAUCAAUUUGGGAACACUGGGAUCAAGAUGAGAAAGUGUAUAGCUGUCAAUUCUUAUACAAGUAG